ACGUGACCACGUGGUCCCGUCGCGCAUCGAAAAGCUAUAGUCGAAGCCGUAAGAGAGACAUGGCAACAAGUAGUGGAGGAGAGGCGGGCGCGGGACAGCCUCACCUGGCCAAGCAAGACCUGAGUACGUUGGUGAGUGCGCGGCCGGAGGGAGAGAGCGUCGUUCGCUGCCGCGGAGGACGAGGGGGCGUGUUUUCGGCUGGCCGCUGGAGGAGAGUUUCAUCAUCUUUUUCCCUGAGCCUUCGGCUGGGGAUCUGGGGUGUGUAGCUGCCUCAGGACGGGUAGGAAGGCGAAAGCAACGCUACGUAAAAUUUACAACUGCAGAUAUGUUUAUUUUGAGUAAGCUUUGAGAACUUUUCUAUUUUAUGCCCUAAACUAGACAUGCUGUUUUCUUGGUGUGUGUGUGAUUUCCAGGACCCAACAAAACUCCACCCACUCUCGCCCGAGGUCAUCAGUCGCCAGGCAACAAUCAAUAUAGGGACAAUUGGACAUGUAGCUCACGGGAAGUCGACGUCGUGAAGGCAAUAUCAGGGGUUCAGACUGUUCGAUUCAAGACGAGCUCGUCAGAAACAUCACCAUAAAGCUAGGAUACGCCAAUGCCAAGGUGUACAAGUGCGACAACGAGCGGUGCCCGAGACCGGGGUGCUAUCGUUCCUGUGGCAGUAAUAAGGAAGACGUCUUUCCUUGUGAUAGGCCUGGCUGCAGUGGUAGCUUCAGACUUGUCAGACACGUAUCAUUUGUGGACUGUCCAGGUCACGACAUCCUCAUGGCAACCAUGCUCAACGGAGCUGCUGUCAUGGACGCUGCCCUUCUCCUCAUUGCUGGCAAUGAGUCGUGUCCGCAGCCGCAGACCUCGGAGCAUCUGGCGGCCAUUGAGAUAAUGAAACUGAAACACAUCCUCAUUCUACAGAACAAGAUCGACCUCAUACGAGACACCCAGGCCAAGGACCAAUAUCAAGAGAUCCUCAAGUUUGUACAAGGCACGGUGGCAGAAGGGGCACCGGUCAUCCCGAUAUCGGCCCAGCUCAAGUACAACAUUGAGGUGGUUUGCGAGUACGUCACCAAGAACAUCCCCAUCCCUCUUCGAGAUUUCACCUCUGAACCUCGUCUCAUUGUCAUUAGGUCGUUUGAUGUCAAUAAGCCAGGGGCCGAGGUGGACGACCUAAAGGGGGGCGUGGCAGGAGGCAGUAUACUGAGAGGUGUACUGCGAGUGGGGCAAGAGAUAGAGGUGCGACCUGGGAUCGUCUCCAGAACCCAAGACGGACGGAUUCAGUGCAAACCCAUCCUCUCCAGCAUCGUCUCUCUCUUCGCCGAAACAAACGAACUGCAGUACGCAGUGCCUGGAGGGUUAAUAGGUGUAGGAACAAAGAUAGACCCGACACUGUGCAGAGCCGACAGGCUGGUGGGACAGGUCCUGGGUGCAGUAGGGGCUCUGCCUGACAUCUAUACUGAGCUGGAGAUCAGCUACUUUCUCCUGCGGAGGUUACUGGGAGUCAGGACAGAGGGAGACAAGAAGGGAGCCAAGGUCCAGAAACUGACAAAGAAUGAGGUACUGAUGGUGAACAUUGGCUCUCUCUCCACCGGUGGACGGGUGAGUGCAGUGAAGGCAGAUCUCGCCAAGAUCACCCUCACUCAGCCGGUCUGCACUGAGGUCGGAGAGAAGAUCGCCCUCAGCAGGAGAGUCGAGAACCACUGGAGACUCAUAGGGUGGGGCCAGAUCAGAAGGGGUAUGAUCUACAGUCGACCUCCGACCUCUGAGACUGGAGAAUGAUCUAGAAUAAAUUAUGAUGUAAUGUUAGGCAAUCAAUAGCACAAUGUGAAAUAUUAUGUGUAUUUUACUGCAUUUUGUCCCUUCUUUAUUUCAUGAUUUUUUUGUUUCACAAGCUAUUAUAUUCACAUC